GUCAAUCAGAAUGUGGAGAUCCAAAGGACCCGUCUACGAGAUGAUAUUAAGGAAUAUAAAUUCAGAGAAGCACGUUUGCUGCAAGACUACACUGAGCUUGAAGAGGAAAACAUCUGUCUCCAGAAACAAGUGUCUGUCCUGAAGCAAAACCAGGUGGAGUUUGAAGGCCUGAAACAUGAAAUCAAAAGGCUUGAAGAGGAAACAGAAUUUCUCAACAGCCAGCUAGAAGAUGCCAUACGGCUGAAGGAAAUCUCCGAACGGCAGCUUGAGGAAGCCUUAGAGACACUGAAGACAGAGCGGGAGCAGAAGAACAACCUUCGUAAGGAGCUCUCUCACUACAUGAACAUCAAUGAUUCCAUGUACAACAGCCACCUGAAUAUCUCUUUAGAUGGUCUUAAGUUCAGUGAUGAAGCUACAGAGCCCAAUAAUGAUGAAAUCAUGAAUGGAUUCGAACAAAACUGCCUCAGCAAACUCAGCAAUGGCAAGAAUAGUACAUCAACACCCAAGAAAAAUGAAAGCUUCCCACCAGCCCCAAGUCUGGUUUCAGAUCUUCUAAGUGAAUUAAACAUUUCUGAAAUCCAGAAGCUGAAACAACAGCUUGUACAGAUGGAAAGAGAAAAGGUGAACCUGUUAACAACAUUACAGGAAUCGCAGAAGCAGCUGGAAAACACACGAGGGGCCCUCUCAGAGCAGCAUGAGAAAGUUGGCAGACUCACAGAAAACUUAAAUGCAAUGAAGAAACUCCAGGUCAGCAAGGAACAUCAGUCUGCGCUUGACAAUGAGAAGGACCGAGACAGCCAUGAAGAUGGAGACUAUUAUGAAGUUGACAUCAAUGGGCUGGAGAUCCUGGAAUGCAAGUACAAAGUGGCUGUGGCAGAAAUUACUGACCUAAAAGAAGAGCUCAAAAAUCUUAAGGCCAAAUACAAAGAAUGUGAGUCUAAGUAUGAGGAAGAGAAGAGCAGAUAUGAGACUGAGAGCCAAGCUCUCAGUGAAAAGGUCACCUCCCUAGAAAAAUCCAGUAGGCAUGAUAGAGAACAGGUGGCCAGGCUGGAGAAAGAGCUGAAGAAAGUCAGUGAUGUUGCCGGAGAAACACAGGGUAGCCUCAGCUUGGCCCAAGAUGAACUAGUCACCUUCAGUGAAGAACUGGCCAAUUUAUAUCACCAUGUCUGCAUGUGCAACAAUGAAACUCCAAACAGAGUGAUGCUGGAUUACUACAAGGAAGGUAAAGGUGGACGCAGUAGCCCAGAGGCCAAGGGAAGAAGGUCUCCCAUUCUCCUUUCUAAGGGGCUGUUAACUAUAGAGCUAGGAAAAGUAGAGAAUGGAAGUGGUGACAGCAGUCCAUCUCCAGUGUCAUCGCUGCCAUCACCUGUGUCAGAUCCUCAGAAGGAACCAAUGAAUAUUUACAACUUGAUUGCUAUAAUCCGGGAUCAGAUCAAACACCUGCAAGCUGCUGUGGACAGAACCACCGAGUUGUCCAGGCAGCGUGUUGCCACUCAGGAACUGGGGCCAGUGGUGGACAAAGACAAGGAAGCACUCAUGGAAGAAAUCCUGAAGUUGAAGUCCCUGCUGAGCACCAAAAGAGAACAGAUAGCAACUCUGAGAACUGUGCUGAAGGCCAACAAACAGACUGCAGAAGUAGCCCUUGCCAACCUAAAAAGCAAGUAUGAAAAUGAGAAAGCUAUGGUUACAGAGACCAUGAUGAAGCUACGAAAUGAGCUGAAGGCUUUGAAAGAAGAUGCUGCUACCUUCUCUUCCCUGAGAGCAAUGUUUGCUACAAGAUGUGACGAGUAUGUCACACAGUUGGAUGAAAUGCAGCGGCAGCUUGCAGCAGCUGAGGAUGAGAAGAAGACUCUGAACUCCUUGCUUCGGAUGGCUAUCCAGCAGAAACUGGCAUUGACCCAGCGCCUGGAACAUUUGGAGCUUGACCAUGAGCAGUCCAAAAGGGCGCGCACAAAAUCUGCUUCCAAAGCCAAGAGCAGUAACCCAGGCGUAAGUCAUAUUCAGUCCUGCGGAGACAGGUCUGAAGGAUCUGUCCUUAACAACCAGGUGUUUUGUAAUGAGAAAUAUAAAAUCUAUUGUGACUAGGACAGGUAUGUAGAAAAAUCACAUUAUGCAUCUUAUUUUAUGCUGUAACUGUCAGCGUAAAUCCCCACUAUCUAAUGUCGCAGUGAGUUGACUUGUACUAGUAUGUUGUUGAACCAGGUAAUACAAAUUGUAUUAUGGUGGUCUUAACUGUAACUAAUUCAUAAGUAUGGGGAUGCUGUUAACAAGUUAAUAGUGGAAAGGAAUUAGCUUUUUUCCACAAUUAACAUGUAUGGGUUUUGCUGUUUAUGGUAAAUGUUAAGAGUUCACCUGAUAUAGCAUAUCUGGUG